UGUAUUCACCUCUAUUUAAUAGAGAUAUUCUUGUAUAAACAAUACAAUUUUAAGUCAUUAAAAUUAAUAUUGCAUCAGAGCAGACUCUGUUACUUUCCAAAUUUUAAAACAAAAAAUGGCAAACACCGCCACGACCAGUGCAACUCGGGAAGGUGAGUCUGAUGUAUCUACCGAGUCUUCACAGUGAAUACCUCUAGAGAAGGACCAGUGGCUAGCUACGGUGAGUCCCACACUCUGCAGAUCACACAACACAAGCUCAAUGGAUCCAAUUACCUGGAUUGGUCUCAAUCGGUGCUAUUGGUUAUUCGAGGUAAAGGAAAAGUUGGUUAUCUUACUGGAGAGACAAAGAAACCAGAAGCACAAGAUACUGGAUAUCGGAUCUGGGAGUCAGAAAAUUCCAUGGUCACUGCGUGGUUGGUAAAUUCUAUGGAACCCAAGAUUGGUAGAAAUUAUUUAUCCUAUAAAACUGCCAAAGAGGAGAUGCUCUGAAGAAUACUCAGAAACUAGAAAAGGAGAGAUUGUUCGAUUUUCUUCAUGGACUGAACAAGGAAGGAUUCUUGGUAUAAAGCCACUGCUGUCAAUACAAGAUGCCUUUGCAAAGGUUCGACAUGAAGAGAGUAGAAGGAGAGUCAUGAUGAAAUCUAGUUAUGUGGAAAACUCUCUGCAGAACUCAGCACUUGCAGCAAAGCGACCCGUCUAUAACCAACAACAAAAUCAGGAGCAGCGUAGAGAAAAAAAGGAUUGGCGUGACUACUGUAAGAGAUUCUAUCAUACUAAAGAAAAUUGUUGGAAGAUAAAUGGAAAACCUACAAACUGGCAACCAAGGCAUGAACGUGAUGGCAAUGGCAGAGAAUUUCAACUUGCAGGAGAUGGUAGAGGAUUCCAAGUCAGGUAAUCAGCAAGGGAGAUCCUGUUUUAGUCCCAAACAGAUUUCAGAAUUGCAGACUUUGCUUCAAAAUCUGCAAAGUACUUCACACCAACCACAUCAGGCUCUUCAUCAGGAUGCUUCACAGCCAAGUAUUAAUGCCAAUUGCAAUAUAGCCCAGAAAGAUAGCUUCUCCACUGCUCUAAUUACGAAGACAUCAGUGAAUGAUCUAUGGAUAAUUGAUUCAGGGGCUUCAGACCAUAUGACAGGGAAUUAUGAGUUAUUUUCUGACUAUAUUUCGUGUUCUGGUUCAUUGAAAAUCAGGAUUGCUGAUAGUUCUUUAUCCUCAAUUAUAGGGAUAGGGACUAUUGUGGUCUCACCACUUAUAACUCUCAAAUCAGUUUUACAUGUUCCCAAUCUUUCAUGUCAUCUUAUUUCAAUAAUCAAACUAACUAAAGACUUGAGUUGUGAAGUUAACUUUUCUCCAUAUAUGUGUAAAUUUCAGGAUUUGUAUUCAGGGAAGAUGAUUGGCAUUGCUAAGUGAAGUAAUGAUUUGUACUAUCUUGAAGAUUCCAAGGAAGGCAAGACUGCUCAGUUUCAAGCUUAUGGAAGUAAAAGUGUUUCUAGCUCAAGUUCCGUUCCUACAUAUGUUUUGAAUAAAGUGAUGUUAUGGCAUAAAAGACUAGGGCAUCCUAACUUUAGUUAUUUGAAGAAGUUGUUUCCAACGUUAUUCAAUAAUAAAGAUGCAAGUUUGUUCAAAUGUGAUA